AGACGUGAUCGUCGCUGGUUAUCGAGGGGACCGCUAAAAAACGCUUUGUCAUUACAGUUUCUCCUAUCAUUUUUGCAGCGACGUACAUACAUAGGAUUAAAGUCCACCGGGCGGAGUUCGUCUCGGGGUUCGAUCGGCCGAUCUCGGGCAGUCCCAGUCCCGCGGCAGUGUCGUUACGUGCGCCGUCUCUUCUUUCUCCCGGUUUCUCCCGGUUUCUCGACCUCCACGUCCUCCGGCACGCGAAAGGAACGUUCUCGCUCGGUGUCUACGCUCGACGGGAGACUCCCCGGUGUUUCGUCCGCGCGCCCGAAGAAUCGGACCCACAAGAUGGUCUACAGGCCGAGAGUGUACGUGAUCGGCGUCGGGAUGACCAAGUUCGAGAAGCCCGGGCGCAGGGAGGACUUCGACUACCCGCAAAUGGCGAAGGAGGCGGUGACCAAGGCCCUGCAGGACGCACACGUGCCCUACAAGAGCGUGCAGGCCGUCUGCGUCGGGUACGUGUACGGGGACUCGACCUGCGGCCAGAGGGCGGUCUACGAGGUUGGGCUCACCGGCUGUCCGAUUUACAAUGUCAACAACAACUGCUCCACCGGCUCCACCGCGCUCUACCUCGGCAAGCAGAUCGUCGAGAGCGGCAACGCGGAUUGCGUCCUGGCGCUGGGCUUCGAAAAGAUGGAGCGCGGCUCCCUCAUGUCCAAGUACAUGGACCGUACAAAUCCCAUGGACAAGCACGUCGAGCUCAUGGCGGAUAUCGCAGGUCUUUCCGAGGGCCCCAUCACCGCACAGAUGUUCGGCAAUGCCGGGAUCGAGCACAUGAAGAAGUACGGCACCAAGCCCGAGCACUUUGCAAAGAUCGCGUACAAGAACCAUCUGCAUUCCACCAACAAUCCGUAUUCCCAGUUCCAAGACAAGUACACCUUCCAGCAAAUCAUGAGUUCUCCCAAGGUAUUCGGGCCGUUGACGAAGCUCCAGUGUUGUCCCACUUCCGACGGCGCGGCAGCCGUCGUUCUGGCCAACGAGGAGUUCGUGCGCAAGCACCACUUGGAGUCGCAGGCCGUCGAAAUCCUGGCUAUGGAAAUGUCCACUGACCUGUCCACGACAUUCAACACUCAGUCGUGCAUGAAUAUCGUCGGGUACGACAUGACGAGAAACGCAGCCGAGAAAGUCUUUACGGGGACCAACUGCAGGCCGAGCGACGUGGACGUGGUGGAGCUGCACGACUGCUUCUCUGUAAACGAGUUGAUCACUUACGAAGCCUUGGGGCUGUGCGCUCCCGGUCACGGUGGCAACAUGGUGGACGCUGGAGACAACACCUACGGUGGCAAGUAUGUCGUCAACCCGAGCGGCGGUCUCAUCUCGAAGGGACAUCCUCUGGGCGCUACGGGAUUAGCGCAGUGCGCCGAACUUAGCUGGCAACUUCGCGGUGAGGCCGGCAAGAGGCAAGUGCCGAACGCGAAAUUAGCCCUCCAGCAUAACAUAGGCCUGGGCGGCGCGGUCGUCGUGGCUCUCUAUCGUUUGGGCUUUCCGAGCCAAACGGUGAUAAGGAGAAACGUGAGUGUCGCCGCCGACUCGAGCAUUUUCCAAGCGGACUUGCUGUUUAAGGUAUUGGCCAUCGCGAUGCAGGAAGACGAUGAGAAUUUGAUUGAAAAGAUGCGCGGGGUUUACGGUUUUAAAGUCAUAAACGGCCCCGGUGGCGCCGAAGGCUUGUGGAUUGUAGACGCGAGAACGGGCAAGGGCAAAAUCGAGUAUAACAGCAAAACCAAACCGGACGUGACAUUCACGAUCAGCGACACGGACAUCGUCGAUUUCAUUUCUGGAAAAUUAAAUCCGCAAAAGGCUUUCUUCCAAGGGAAAGUCAAGAUUCAAGGGAACAUGGGGCUUGCCAUGAAAUUGCCCGAUUUACAGAAACGCGCUGCUAAAAAGAUCGAGCUGCUUCGCGCAAAUUUGUAAGAUGUUACAAAGUGCGGGAUUUGCUGAUGAAAUAACACACGGAACAAAAUAUGUUCCUGUCUCUUUCUCGCUUUAUCCUACUCUAUCUGGUUACGAAAAUGGCGUCGGCAGUUUCAUAAUUAUGAUAUGUAAUCUAGUGUUACGAGAUUCAGAUUCCUGAUAAAAGUUUUAGUCGGAGUAAACAGAUGAUAAGAAAUGCCUUGUAUAUACUGGAUCGCAAUAAAACAUUCAUUCUCGUCCAUGAUGUUUGUAUGCGAUAAUCUUUAUGCGUACAAAUAUGUACAGUCACUCAGAUAUAACAAAAUAUUCAGAAUAUAGCGAUACGGAAGUUUUUCAAUUCAGUUUGUAGUCAACGUUCAGAACGUGUAUUUCGCAGUGACAAACACAACGCGAAUUUAUGCAAAUUUAUGAAUAUAAGCUUUCAAGAAACUUGAUUAAUGUUCACUUAAAUGGCAAACUUUUGCAAAAAAAAACAGCUGUACGCGAAUGAAGAAAAUAACUUGCACAAUAUUCUAAGUCUUCGAUAUUUUCGGAAAAGUGACGUAAACAUUUUAAAUACUCUCUGUAAUUUAUACUUUUAAAUGCAAAACGUAUGACGUUUUAUAUAUAGGCAUGUAUAAAUAAUCGCAACAGCUCAUCAUUUAGCUGUGGUAAAUAGUAGUAAAAUUUUCUUAAUUGAAUCCGAAGCAAUUACAUGCGCGUGUUAGACGUGCAUAAUGUUCUAUUUGGUUUGUAAAACUAUUGAGCAACACGGUGUUUUUACAUAAUGCAACAGCAAAGUACGAGCUCCAAUUAUAUAAUCAAGGCAUCGUACAACAAUGUUUUACACCAUUAUUUCAAACUAUCCAAGUACUCGUGACGGUACGUAAUAAUGAGUUAACAAUAGAUGAAAAGAAUAAACAGUGAUGAAAUAAGAACACGAUUAAAUAUUCACUGACAAUAAAAAUUUACAAACAUUACACUUCCCGUUGAACUAUCAGAGUUUUAUGUAAAUACCAAUUUAGAAGAUUACGCGUUUCUACAUUCCAGUUAAGCAAUAAGAGAGUCGCUCGCGCUGUAUUGCACUUUGCUUGUAAAUCGCGUAUUGUAAACUAUGUUUUAGAACUUUGGAAUUACUCUCGAUCAGCCAUAUAUUGUUGCAAGAAGCAUAAUAUAAUUGCAUCGUCACUCGCUGAGACGCGAUUGUACGUUGUUAUACAAACGCAGUUAUAAAAAUGCAUCAGCAUAAAUGAAUUAUAUUUAUACUUGUUAUUUUUUAUUCUAGAAUAUAGAACUUUGAAAGGUAUUUCGUGUGUGAAAAGUGAAAUUUCGGAUGUGGAACCUGAAUCGUUUAAUAUAAUUUUUUAUAAGAGGGUAUAAUAAACGUAUUGUAAAUAAUGUCAAGUAGAGCACAAAAUUAUUUUUAAAAAAAUUCAAGAUGUGUGUUGGAACGAAGAGUAGUUGUUUCGUCAACUUUAUUCUUCGUUGAAAAAAUUAUAUUUUUUAUCGGACAUUCCGUAAUUGCGUUAAGAAUGUGUAUUAUUAGAACUGUAGAGACGAAACAUUCUUUACAUAUAGGAACUAAUACAUUUUUAAACGGAGUUGGGGAAAAAUAAAAGUUCGGUAUUUUACAGUUAUGCACUUAGUAUAUACAUGAAAGUAAAGCCACGCGAAUAGAAGGAAGAAUUUUACGAAUUUGAUUCUCCUUGAGAACAGUCGAGUUCCAAUGAUGUGCAAUGCGUUUCGAUUUAAGGUGAUUAGGAGUAGACAGAUUUGACGGGGUGUGUAGAAUAUAAAAAUUUCGCAUUCGGCAUGUUAUUCGCUUAUCAUGUAUGAUAUAAAUGUAUUAUAUAUUAUAUAUACCACGUUUAUACAAUUUUGUACUAUGUGACGGAGGUGGGUGAAGUAUUUGGUGUAUUAAUAAAAGUUGAUAGAAAUGAU